UCGAGGCAAUUCACUAACGUCGGAGGGAAAUUACCAAAAGACACAUCAAGGCGCGUAGUCUUUGCAUGGCAUAAGCUUCUUGCUGUAUUGCACAUGCUUCAAUCACGAAGGGCGCAGGAGGAUUAGUCAGAACGAAAGCUGUCUGGUGGCCCUGGCCUGUAUAGAGUUAGGGCUUACAACGGUUUCAUCUUGCUGGUCAUUCAAGUAGCACCGAACUGCGGCAAACUUUCAUACAACAUCAACAAAUACUCUUUCAUUUUACUUUCUGAACAAGGCUUUGAAUCACUUUAUAUCUUCUGCUGCUUUUGUAAGCAGCACAGUACUCUAGAAGCAUCGAAAUGGCAUCUCUCACCCCAAACUCGGAAUUCAUUGUGCGGCCUGCAAAGUCUCUUGAGGAAGCUCGCAACUUUUGGUGGCCUCAAAUGCAGAAGCUGCAGUGGUACCGCGACUUCAACGACGGCCAGACCCAUUACGCGGUCGCGGGAAAAGAGGGUUGGCUAGUUGUGCAAUCCAAAGAUGACGAAACGGCUGAGGGCUGCAUCGUCCCUUUUGUCUACGCCAAUAGCACCGGCUGGGUUGGCUUCUUCAUUGUGAACGAGCAGCACCGUGGCAAAGGAUGGGGUGCCGCCUUGUUCGAAUCUCUCCUAAAGUUCUAUGCUGAUCACAAGACGGGCUUCGUUGGACUCGACGGCGUCGCUGAGCAAGUGCCGACGUACGAGCGCAGGGGCUUCGUCACGAAGUGUCCACUGGUUCUCAUGGUGCACCCAUCGGUGAGUGAGGCACCUUUGAUCAAGGCGGACUUCAACCUGGAGGAAGGCGAGAAGCUGGUGGACCUCUGUGACGUUCCGCAUAGGCUCCUGAUUGAGAGUGACCUCGCCCACACCGGUUUCGAGCGCCCGAAGCUCUGGUCAGACGAGGCAUUGUUUUCCCGUCCGGACGUCUAUGGCUACGCCCUCGUUUCCUCUAAAGACGCGAACAAACUCCUUGGCUGGGUUAUGGUUCGUCGAAUGGAGCACGGCCACCGGUUUGGGCCUCUGCUCGCCGAUUCGUACAAACAAGCGUUUGUUCUUCUGAAUAAAGCAAUGCAGGAUAUUGAGAGCUCUAAAGGCAGCAUGAUCGCAGAGAUAUUCUCCCCAAAUCCUGAAGGCAGGAAGGUCUUUGAAGAGCUCGGCUGGAAGUGGGGUGGGGUUGAUUACCACCGUAUGUGGCUGAAUGGGAAGGUUCCGAAAGAGCAAGAUGCCGGUGGGCGAGGAGAGAAGGGGAUGUUUGCCAUUUUCGACGCGGCGGAGGGAUGAAGGGAUUCUGAACAUGGUAUCCUGAAGUGGAGCCUACAAUGUCUCGGCAUAGGCACCCGUAUACUUCUAUUCCACUGCUUGUAGAGCUCCAAGGUGUUGUCCGAAGUCCGAGUAUA